GGUGCCAUGGAAAGGCGAAAUGUGAGCUUUCCCAACACUUUCAUCCUGCUGGGCUUCUCAGAGUUUCCCUGGCUGGAGAGGCCCCUCUCUGCAGUGGUCCUGGUCUCCUACCUCCUCACCCUGCUGGGGAACAGCUCCAUCAUCCUCCUCUCCCUGGUGGACCCCAGACUCCAGACACCCAUGUACUUCUUCCUGGACAACCUCUCUCUGCUGGACCUCAGUGUGACCUGCACCAUUGUGCCCCAGCUGCUGGCUAACCUCUGGGGACCAGAAAAGACCAUUGCUGCCUGGGGCUGCAUCACACAGGUCAGUAUUUUCAGCUGCACUAGCUGCACUGAAUGCGCCUUGCUGGCCAUGAUGGCCAUUGAUCGCUAUGUGGCCAUCUGCCAGCCCCUCCGCUACACUCUCAUCAUGCGUCCCUGGGUCUGUGUGCAGAUGGCAGCUGUAUGCUGGUCCAGUGGCCUGGCCAAUGCUCUGCUCCAGGCCACACUCACCCUCCAGGUUUCUCUCUGUGGUCACCACACACUGGACCACUUCUUCUGUGAGCUACCUGUGCUCAUCAAGCUGGCCUGCGGGGACACCUCUGCUAAUAAGCUGGCCCUCACAUUGUUGUCAAUCCCAUUUGGAAUGGUGCCUGUUCUCCUGGUGGUCAUCUCCUACACUUUCAUCGCCAGGGCUGUACUGAAGUUACCCUCAGCUGAAGGAAGGCGUAAGGCCCUCAGCACCUGCAGUUCCCACUUGCUGGUUGUCACCCUGUUCUUUGGGCCAGGAAUGUACUUGUACCUGCAGCUUUCUUCCAUGAGUUCUCAGGCCAAGUUCACGUCUUUCUUCUAUUGUGUUAUCACCCCACUGCUCAACCCACUCAUCUACACCCUGAGAAACAAGGAUGUGCAGACAGCAUGGAAGAGGAUCCUGCAAUCCCAGGGCAGGGUGAAUAUUUUAAAAGCCAGAAGAUCUCUGCCUGUCUCUUGA